AUGACGUCUAGUCCUGAACAGAUAGCAGUAGCUGACUCGACCAAUGUCAUGAUGUCGGAGACGACAGGCUUCGCAACACGCUCUAGGCAGGAAGAUGACUGGCACGGUGUACUCGACCGCAAAAAGAGGAAGCAGAUACAAGAUCGACUCGCCCAGCGAGCCAGAAGACGACGUCUCGCCGAAGCCAGGCCUUCCGAGAACGCGAGCGCGUGGAAGACGACGCGAUCAAAACAACGCUCACGCAUUAGGAAGGACAAUCCUUCGCCCAGUGCUUCGUCUGACGUUGGAACACGCGGUAAUGCUUCGACAAUAUCAACACUACAACCCUCGUUGGAGGGGCUGUAUUCAUGCCGGCCUGUUUCAGCAAGUGAGGGCCAAACGUUUCUGUCCGCACUCUUCGAGAACGGUAACAUACUAGGCAUAGCCUGCGGUGCUAGUUUCCCUUCAAAAAGCAAGCUAGCCGGGCCCGAUGUGCCGCCUUCGUUGCGGCCUACGCUUUUGCAGCUGUCAACGGUCCACUGGCAGUGGAUCGAUCGCCUGCCCUUCCCGGAAGCACGAGACGAGAUCAUCAUACAGAGCAGCAAUUUCAAUGAAGAAGAGUUUCUCUGGGAUAUAUUCAACAUGCCGACCUUUACACUGACGCCUGGCUUGCGAGCCUGGGACCCCAACGCCUACAGGAUGCAUCCUCAAUUCAAGUCCAAGUGGGGAUUCUUGUUUCCUAACUUCACUUAG